AUGGCAAGGAACCACGCUCGAAAGCGCCUUCGAGCCGCGGCAGCCCAAUCCAGAGAGAAUCCGUCUUUGUUGUUCACGGCAAAGAUGGCGCUUCGAAUUUUGGCCGUUCUGUUGCCGUCCUUGACCAUAAUGAGGUUGGCGCAAAGAGGGUCCUUUGAAGCCACCAGUACCAAUGAGCUCAUGGCCAUGAUCCAAAGUACCAUGCCACAGUCGUUCGAGCUUUCAUUUCCAGGCGGCGCAAACAGCUCGCAGGAGACAACGAUGAACAACAAACAAGGCCACAGUGAUGAAGUGGAAAAGGCAUCCAAGAAACAUCCCAUGCCAGAUGGUCAAAGACAAGAGAAUAGCUGGAGCGCCUUUCAUCGGGCAACACUAGUGGAACGGGCGCCAUGGUUGCCACUGCAAAGAACAUGCUGUGUGGAAACAGUGGCAAUUUCACUGGACCAGGAUGACCAUCAACUCAUCAAUACUCGAGAUGGUAUUGAAUUGUCUGAUCUGGUGCUCCCACAUGGCAUAAUUCAAGCCGACAAAAUGCAGCCAGACCACUUGUACUACUUUGCCAGAACUCUAGACAAGGCCAUGUUGCCCUGCAUUGUACCGGGAACCAUUAUUGGUAUCGAAAAUCACAACGAUCUCACGGUUGGAUUCUUUCAUGAAUACCGGCCAAACAUCAAGGUGCCCUACAUUAUUUCCACCACUGGCUCUGAUGGAGACGCUCCGAACGUGUAUGAGGAGUACAUCAAAGAUCCACUCUUGAUCAAGUGGUAUGGAACCAAUCCAAUCUACAGGACCCACACCGACUUUCGGGAGAAUGUUCACAAAUUUGAACCGCUCAACCUGGGACUAUCCUUCCAACACCCCCAUGAACGCAAUCUACUUCCCUACAUGAAGUCUGAACCAUUUAAGAACAAACUGGAUUCAAUAGAUGAUUUGUGGAAGGUAUUAUGCCCCACCUUUGCUACAGACAAAAUUUCGUGCAAUCAGGAAACUGAAAAAAUCAAAACUCAUGACAUUUACAAGGAAAUGAGCCAAUUUCGCUUUGGUGUUAGUCCUCCAGGAAUGGGGUUUGACUGCUACAGAACCUAUGAGAUGUUUUUGCUGGGUGUCAUCCCAGUUGUGGAGGACCAGGAUAUCCUAAGUCACCGUCUCUUUGAGGGCAUGCCAGUUGUAUUCGUGCACAACUUGGCAAGCGUCACCAGUCGGCAGGAAAUUUUGGAUGCCAUUGAGAGCUACAUUAAUGCCACCUUUGAGGAAGGAUGGGGUGCUUUUCCUCAAACACAAGCGCAGCAAAUGCUCAAGGAUGGCCAACAAGUCAGGGAAAUAGUGGAAGAUGAACAGGGCAGGAAGUACUACCAAGCAUACCGCUACUCUGUUGUUGGAGCAUCUGACAACUCUGUUGACGAGGCAAAACUCAAAGCACUGAGAGCCCCGUGGUUUGAUGACCCUCAACCAAAAUUUGAACCAGGCGAGGAAGGUUGGAUAGAAGAUUGGAAGGACAAAGCAGUGUUCAAGAAUUAUGGAUAGAGGAGGUUGGUUGCCAGAGUGAAGAACGACUGAGCAAUACCCC